ACUCUUUAAUAUUCAUAUCAACGACAUAAACUCAGCAUUGAAGUACUGUGAGGUAAAAUUGUUCGCCGACGAUACCCUCUUAACCCUCAGUGACUGUAAUCUACCCAAUGCAAUGAUUAAAAUGCAAGAAGACCUUCGUUGUUUGUAUAAAUGGUUGUGCGUAAACAGACUGCAAUUAAAUGUGAACAAGACAAAGUUUAUGGUCAUAUCUAGAGCAGCUAACGUUAGCUCCGAUAAUUACAGUUUAAAAAUUAAAGAUGAAGUAAUUGAGAAAGUGAGAAUCAUUAAAUAUCUAGGUAUAUAUAUCGAUGAUAAGUUAAAAUUUGAGGAACAUAUUGACUACACAGUAGCAAAAAUUCGUAAAAAAAUUGGUCUCAUGAAAAGAUCAUCAAGCGACACACAAAUAGAUAAGCUUCAAAAAAUGCAAAAUAGGGCUAUGCGAUUUAUCUUGAACAAGCGGUACGACACACCCAUACAGGAAAUGAUCGCAGAAUUAAACUGGCUGAGCGUGAAACAGCAAAUUUUCUAUCACGCUAUGAAAUUCGUGUUUAACAUAAAACAAGGUAGACUCCCAGAUUAUCUGAGUGAUAUCCUACGAUAUAAUAGUGAAACCCAUUCGUAUUUACUCAGGGGAAAUAAUAGUUUCAGGCUGCCGCUGUAUAAAACGGAAAUAGAUAAGAAGAAUAUCUUUUAUAAGGGAUUAAAAUGUUAUAAUGAACUUCCAGCUCAAAUAAAAAAUUGCGAAAACGAUGUUACCUUCAAAAGGCUGCUACUUGAUCACUGUAGAACAUUGGAUAUCAGAUAGAAAGGUCCGGCAUGGAAACUAGUCCUUUCCAUCCGUACUGGCUGGAUGACUGUGGAUUUAGUCCAUUCAGAUCACCCAUAAUGUAUGAAAUAAGGAGGUCGGCAUGGAAACUAGUCCUUUCCGUCCGAUCAAAUGGCGCGACUCUGGAUUUCGUCCAUUCAGAUCGCCUGGCGGUAGAGAAGUUUAUAAGAAGCGGCUUGGAAACUAGUCCUUUCCAACCGCUCAGUUGUGGCGGCUCUGGAAAUUACACUCUUAGACCGCAUAUCGUACGUGAUAUAUUUACGGUACUGCUUGGAAUCCCGUCCAUUCCAACAGCAUCGAGAAUAUGCUUA